AUGGCGCUCGACGACAGGCUCAACGACAAAAACCGCCGCUUAAUCGUCCGAGACAAAAAAUCCGCAAUAAACUUCCUCAUCGACACGAGAGCUGAAGUCAGCGUAAUUCCACCGACGCAACAACAACGUAGAUGCCCGGACAAAAACAACUACCUCUACGCAGCAAACAAGUCCACCAUAAAAACUUACGGCGAAAAAACUAUGUUCCUCAAUCUGGGUCUACGCCGCCAAUAUUCCUGGAAUUUCAUUAUUGCCGAUGUGUCACAAGCCAUCAUCGGAGCUGAUUUUCUAUCGCAUUUCAACUUAGCAGUCAACCUACGACAACGCAAACUCGUCGACGACGUCACAAACACCAGCAAACUGUGUUCAAUAUCAACAAAUAAAAAGGUAGUUUCCAAUUUAUCUAACACCAAAGAUUAUCAGCCGUUCCACGAUUUAUUGAGGGAAUUCGAAGACAUCACGAUGGAUAAGUCUUCAGUCAAAAAACCACAACACUUUGUCACGCACCAUAUCGUCACCAAAGGACCACCAGUCUUCUCUAAACCGAGACGCUUAUCUCCAGAGAAGUUAGAAGCCACAAAAGCCGAGAUACAGCCCGCUGCACAUGACAAAGAAGAAAAACGGCGAGUGGAGGCCUUGUGGGGAUUUCAGGCGACUAAACGUCGUCACCGAGCCUGA